UCUGCGCCCCUUCGAGAUGCCCAACUGGUGUUUGGAAACACAUCCGCGUAUGAACGCGGGACCCUGGGACUGGGCAUCAAAAACUUCUUAAAGCAGCGAGGCGUGAAGACCGCUCGGGGGGCGAUGGGUUGCGCCUCCAGUGUGAAGACAACUCGAGCCGCCUCCCCUCCACUGACGCUGGGAGAUGCCCAAACACAGGCACUCAUGCAAGGAAGGCUCGCUGCUGCCGACCGCCUGGGUCCUGCUGAUCAGAACUCGAGCCCGAGGGGCGAGCUCGGCGUGGUGUGGGACGGUGCGAAGACAGACGAGGAGACCGGGGAACUGUUCUGUCAGUCCUGGUCACAGUUGGCCCACGGGACCGCUGAUCCCAGCCCUAAUGAUUUGAGUAAUUCCGUUACUAUGGAGGAUAACAGCAACAUUAAUAAAAAGGCCAUGGGAGAGGAGCAGUAUGCUUUGAAGGAGAUUGAUUCAGUUUCUGUAGUUCAGGAGCAAUCAGUCAGCAAGGUUACUGUGGUUGUUCAGGAAGAUGGAAGUGACCCAACAUGGUCAGAAGAUACCAGAACCCCAGAUUCUGAACUGCACAACAUACUACCUUGCGAGGGGGACCUACUGAUGAGACACAAAGAUACUUCAUUUUCUAGGGCGACUGACUCUUCCAGCUUGCCCAAUGACCUGUGUCCCCCGGUUGUAAUCGAUAAUGGCAGUGGGCUGAUAAAAGCCGGACUCUCAGGAAAUCAUUCUCCAGCUUUCAUUUUUCCAAGUGUGGUUGGAAGGCCAAAGAACACGUCAGUGAAUGUUUUUGGAUCAUCAGAAAGAGACACUUACGUUGGAGAUGAAGCUCAAAGAAAACGCAGCAUUCUUCACUUGAUUUAUCCAAUUCAGCAUGGACUGAUUACACAUUGGACAGAAAUGGAAGUUCUCUGGAGGCACACGUUUGAAAAUGAACUGCGUGUUGACAUUCAGGACCACCCAGUUGUUAUGACAGAACCAACAAACAACCCGCAGAAGAACAGGGAGAAAACAACUGAGAUUCUUUUUGAAGCAUUCCAAGUUCCUUCUCUACUUCUGGGGAUCCAGGCAGUGCUGGCAUUACACUCCACUGGCAAAGUUACAGGAACUGUCAUUGAUUCAGGAUCUGCUGUGACACACAUAGUUCCUAUUUUUGAAGGAAGUGCUUUGAACAACACUCAGCGUGUGUACCUGGGAGGAGAGGACCUGACGGAGCACAUGAUGAGAUCCCUGGCCGAAAACAACAGCUGGUCCUUCACCUCCAAAGCUGGGUUAGAUAUUAUCAGAAAUAUCAAGGAGAAAUUUUGCUACGUUGCACUAGAUUUUGAAGCAGAGCUCCAGAACUUCAAGAAUAAUCCAGAUGGAAUAAAAGAAGAGUAUGAGCUUCCAGAUGGGCAAAACAUGAUCAUCACAAACCAGAAAUUCAGCUGCCCAGAAGUCAUGUUUAAGCCAUUUUUAAUAGGCAAGGACAUUCAGAACUUACCUGCACUGGCACAUUCUGUGAUUGAACAUUGCAAUGAAGAGAUCUGCAAUGAGAUGUAUGCCAACAUUGUCCUGGCUGGUGGUAACACUAUGUUUAGAAACAUGGGAGAGCGAAUUCAACAGGAGAUGACAGACCUUGUAAAACCAGGAAAGAAGGUAAAGGUUCUUGCACCUUCUAACAGGAACUACCUUUCAUGGAAAGGAGCGUCUAUUUUGGCAGGUCUUUCCACUUUCCACCAGAUGUGUGUAGCUCGCCAAGAUUUUGAAGAGUAUGGAGUAACUGCUUUGUAUAGAAAGUUAGUUUAGCAACACAAGGAUAAAAACUCUGAAAUCCAAAAAUACCAGCAUUAUAAUCUAUCAAACAAUGGCAAGACACAAGUGGCCAAUAUGUUGCAAGCAAGUCGUUCAUUACCGAAAACUUGUUUUUGAAUGUACUAGCACAAGCAACGCAACAUUAUUUUAGAUCUUUGGUGUGGGGAUCAGCAAAAGGUACUGGAACUAUUCAACACCUCACUGACUGAGAUUUCUGGUUGUGUACCAUUUGUUCGUAUCUUGAGAUCAGCUAUAUCAUUAACAGCUCAAAUAUUCCAGCUCUCAAUCCCCAGUGCUGUAUCCAGGCAAGUGCUGAAUUUUUAAUCCCAUUUUACCUCUAACUUCUUACAAAAUCGUUUAUUCUUUUAUUUGUAGACUAUUGGAAGUAUAUUCAUGAGAUCCAGGGGAUGAACAACAUUCAAAAUUAAACCAUUAGAGUAAAAUACUACUUUUUCCUCAAUUUGGGAGAGAUCCUAAGGGCAAGGCUCCAUAAGGUUUAAC